GGGAUGAGAGGGAGAGGAUAGACACAUUACAUCUCUGAGUAGAAUCGGUGAUGACAAGGCUGACAUACAGAGGCUGACAUACAGAGGCUGACAUACAGAGGGGAAGAUCUACAUCGUACGGACAGCGAGGGGCAGAACAAAACCAAUUGGAAAGCAUUAUCGCUGUCAUCCCUCCCUCCCUUUCUCUCAUUCUGUCUCUUUUUCUCCAUGCUCUCAUUGUUUUCGUGGAAGAGAGGAGACAGACAAGGACAGAGACUUGAACUCAGAAGCUGUGAUGGACACCAAGGCAGUGUUUGCGGCCCUGUACAGCGUGUGCGAAGAAAAUGCCACUUUCUUCUCAGGAGGAGCCAAAGGAACACAGGGUGACGCGGCGCGGCGGCUGGUGGAUACAAUGAACUUGAUCCAGGAGCACGCUCGCAGUCUGGAGCCGGUCAUCUCUGGCUUCGCUUCAGUUUACCAUCAUUUUGACUUUGACCCACACAUACCUGCUAAUGGCUAUCGUUCGCUGGUCAAGGUGGUGCGUUGCUGCAUUCUCCACAUCAUCCACAAGGGGCGCUACAUAAGCGCCAAUCGCCGCAGCAUCUUUUUUAGAGUAGCGCACAAUGCAGGGGAGAUGGAGGCAUACUGCAGCGCCCUGUGUCAGCUGCGUGCCCUGCUCUACUUGGCUCAGCGCAUGCUACAUGACAACAGCUCUGGCAACUUGUUUUUCCAGGACGAAAGUGGCCUCAGCGAGAGCUUUGUCCGCGAGUACUCAUCUAUGCACAAGGGAUGCUUCUAUGGCCGUUGCCUGGGCUUUCAGUUUACUCCAUCUAUCCGACCCUGUCUCCAGACCAUUGCUAUCGGCCUUGUGGCCUUUGGAGAGAACUACAAGCGCCAUCAGUCAGGAAUAGGGGUGGCAGCCAGCUCGCUCUUUACCUCAGGGAAGUACGCCAUUGACCCUGAGUUGAGAGGGGCGGAAUUUGAACGCAUCACCCAGAACCUGGACGUCCAUUUUUGGAAGACCUUCUGGAACAUUACUGAGACUGAACUCCCGUCGAGUCUGGCCAGUAUGACAUCCACUCAGGUUAAGGUGAACCGGCCUCUCUCUGUGCCCCCUGUGCCCUUUGACCUUCCCUUGGCGGCCAACCACAGAGUAUCUGUAACCAUUUCUCCACCGUCUGCGCACAUUGGCACUGCUCCAGUUCAGAUGAGGCUCAUCUCUUAUGACUUGCGUGAAGGACAGGACAGUGAAACCCUGCUAUCUCUCUCCCGCUCUGAGGGAGGAUCCAUCUCUCUGUCGCUGGGGUUGAAGGCCAAGCGACUCCCCUCUUCUCCUUGCUUGCUGAUCCACUUCCAUGGAGGGGGCUUUGUGGCCCAGACGUCCAAGUCCCAUGAGCCCUAUCUGAAGAGUUGGUCCCAGGACCUUGGUGUCCCCGUCUUGUCAAUUGACUACUCCCUGGCCCCUGAAGCCCCCUUUCCGAGGGCCUUGGAGGAGUGCUUCUAUUCCUACUGCUGGGCUCUGAGAAACCACCACCUACUGGGAUGGACCGGAGAGAAAGUAUGUCUGGCUGGGGAUAGUGCGGGAGGCAAUUUGUGUCUGACGACAUCGAUGCGAGCGGCUGCCUUUGGUGUUCGAAUGCCAGAUGGCAUCGUGGCAGCCUACCCGGCUACCCUGCUGACUGCCUACGCAUCUCCCUCCCGUCUGCUUUCACUUAUGGAUCCCCUGCUUCCGCUCAGUGUGCUCUCUAGGUGUCUCAGUGCCUACGCAGGCAAUGAGCCACAGACUGAGAAGCAGGUAGAGAAAGUGAGCACACUGAGCCUGGUGAGAAGAGACACGGCGCUGAUGCUGCGAGAUUUCCGACAGGGAGCCUCCAACUGGAUCCACUCUCUGCUGGAUCACAACAGAGCUCCAGCUUCUUCUGGCGCAGCUGCAGAGGUGCCACCAGGAGCCACUGAUGCAGUGAGGAAGAGCAUAUCAGAGGCGUCCAUCUCUUCUCCUCACGCUGAUCCCCCUGUGCCCUCCGAACUCUCAAAGUUCCCCACCAGGAAGUUAUCUGUGAAGAGCCAGACUUGCCAGGACUUGGGAUCUCACAGCAGCUCCACUUUGCACAGCACACCACUGCUGUCUGAGCGCACUCCAGAGGAUGUGAAUUUCUUCUUCUGCAAGGAUGCAGAUCCCUCCAUGUCCAGUGACCUGUCUUCAGUGGCCAUACCACCACCUGCUGGAGAGGAGGGAUCAGAGCUGGGGCACUGCAGGGAGUUCCCCCUUGGGUUUGAACCUCUGCGUUCAGAGCAGCUGGCUGAGAUGAAGUUGAAUAGCUCUCCAGUGGUCAAGGAUCCUUUCUGCUCACCUCUUCUGGCCCCUGAUAGCAUGUUGACAGGCCUGCCACCUGUACAUAUAGUGGCUUGUGCAUUAGACCCCAUGCUGGAUGACUCUGUGAUGUUUGCCAAGCGUUUGAGGAACUUGGACCAGCCUGUCACUCUGUGUGUGGUGGACGACCUCCCCCACGGCUUCCUCAGCCUAUCGCAGCUCUCCAAGGAGACGAGAGAGGCUGCCAACGUCUGCGUGGAGCGUAUCCGCGCUGUCUUCACCCAGAAGGACACCCCCCCAGAGCCGCGCAAGCACCGAAAGCUGGAACGGACCGAUAGGGGUGUGUCAGCCUCUUCUGGGGAGGGUGCCUCCCUCUUUACUGGUCCUAUCGAGGAAGAGGAGCAAGAUGUCGGGCGUGGGGUCAAAAUUGCUGAUGGGGAGGACUUAGUUACUGUGGCAGCUCAGAAUAGCACUGAUGCUGGCGGUAUUGGAGCUUAAGUAAGGAUAGAUUAAAAAAAACAAGGACUGAUGUUCCCCCGAGGGAAGGAAGGAAGAAAGAAUAAAUGAAAGUCAAACCGAUGUAGGCAGUGCAGUGUCUAAAAGGACGAGAGAGAAAUGAUCCUAUGAACAAGAAAAGAGGGGACAGGGGUAGUAGAGGAGAAUGUCCCUUUUUAACACAGAAUCUUCCUCUGCCACUUGUUUGUGCACAAACGCAAAUUUGGCAGACAAAAAAAUGAACACGCCCACUAAAGACACUAAUGUUAAAGAAUCGAAUGGUUAUUUAAAAGCUACUUAGAUCAAAGAGCAGCGCUCACCCACACGUGUAGCACACAUAAUUAACAGAGUUGCUGUUUGGCAGCUCAGGCUAAAAGCAGCGCAGAAGAUUCUUGAGACGAAGCCUGAACGGGUGAAUCAUCCAGGCCGACGCAGUCAUUUCAGGCCCUAAUCAGACGGUGGUGGGCACACGAUAUGUUUCUGUAUAGAGACAUCCCUGUCAAAAUGGCCACUUGUCCUUUAGGGCGCCACUCUGAAUCACACUUAAUAACUCUGCACUGUGUUCUUCAUUAUGGUGGUUUGGCAGUCGAUGCAGUUCACGUUGUGGAUGAUAACUCUGUGGACUCUCUCUAAAAUAGAAUUUAAAAGGUAAAAUUCAACAACAAAAGCUCCAAACUGGAGGAAUUGAUUUACUUGCAUCUUGAGAUUCUGAUGCAGUUUUUAAUCAUAUUAUUAACCCUAUGCAGUAGUUUUACUUUUGUUAUUUAUAUUUUUUGGUUUUUGUAUUGGAGUAUAAUCUGAAUCUUGACGGGUUCCCAUGUUGAUUUGUGCGUUAUAUUGUUUGUUUAAUAUAAUCUUAUGCUGUUAAUUCCACAUUUUUGAAUGUGUUUAAUAUUUACCUCUGCCUCUUUAGCCACUGCUGCUCUGACAUCCCAGGACUGUCCAAUUAAACUCGUGCCCUGUUCUCACUAAUGCAUACUGAUGGGAUAGAGCACAUGUGGAAUAUUCCACAGCGACUUAGUCUCUUAUCGAGAUGCUGCCUGGUGCUUUUUGUUGUGCUGAAGUUAUUAAUGCAAAUAUUGCAUUUUAUUGAUGCUACAGUGGGAUUUGUGGAGAUGCACUGAGACGCAUCAUUUUUGGAACACAAGUACGUGCUUGAAAACUCAUCCUCAAUCAGUGCUGUGAGUUGCCUGAAACAGGCAAAAUGUUUUUAUUUUAAGUUUUGAAAAAGGCUGCUUGACCUUCUUACUCUGCAGAACUGAUGUUAGAGAGGGAGGUGGGCAGCGAAGAGCUCAGCCCUCAGCUAUCAAUACAUAUUUUAAACUUCACUGCACUGACUUUUCUCCGAGGGUUGCUCCCAUUCCUCGGCAGGUGUUCUUGCUCACUACUUUCCUGCACCGUAUGCACUGUGGCAAAGUACCACUUCUGUUGGGCCAGGGGAUUUCCUGCCCAACAACCGUUUUCCACAGAUCAGACGCUUUUAGGGAACACUCGAGGGCACUGACCGAGGAAAGAGAUUGUUAGCGUGCUGUGUAAAUGCCACAUAUGUUGUGUUUGGCCAGCUGAAGGGGCUGGCAGUGGAGGUCCAGAUUUUCUUCUCUGCUUCCCACCAUCACAUUUGGGGUUGACUUUGUUUUCAAUAACCCAAGGACACUCCUCUGAGCGAGAUGCCACUCAAGCAGUCUGAAGUGUACUAAAAUGUCCUUCGCAGGGUCAGUCUCUCUAUCAGGUCCAACUAAAUAUAGAUGCCAACAAUGCUGGCACUGUCCUGCCCUUGCCUGGUGACGGGGCUGAGGUUGCCAGGUCUGUAGAGAGAGAUGCUGUGUGAUGAAUAGGAUUUAUCCGAAGCUCUCGAGUGCAAAAUCCUCCCUCCUGUAGAAGAGCAGGAUUUUCAGCAGCAAAGUCAUGCUACAGGAUUAGGCCAUGCUCAGUUCUGUCAGCUCCGAGUACUUACCGCAAUAUGUUUAGUCAGAUUGAUGGAGAGAACCAGGGCCGUGAAGAGGAAGAGAGUAAUACACUCAUUCUCUCAGAUGCGCUGGGUUGAAGUUUGCUUCACUGCUAAUGCUGACUCUGCACUUUCGCAGUGGUUUGGGUAUGACAAUCCACGAUGUGUAUUUAAGCUUAAACUUAUACACGUCGCUUUUAUUAUUGUAUUUUUCCUCCUUUGCUUGGUGCCUGUGAGUGCGGCUCAAGUGGAGUCUGCACGUGCACAUUAGUCUUUGUAGAAACGUGAGCUCACGUCUGCUUUGUUUGUGUCGUUUGGGAAUGGCACCUUACAGACGAGACUAUUAGCUACAUAAAUCAUCUGUUGUUGUCUGGAGAAGUCGGACCUCUGGCACAGCAGGUUUAUUUGUGAAAGAUCCAGCACAGACGAGCAGGUUUGAUCGGCCAUCAGCACUUUUUUUAUACGAGGAAAAGAAAAUUGUGUCAAAUGAAUUCCCUGUCUGUGUUUUGACCUUCAUGUGACUCUUCCCCUCAAGUUGUGUCAGGCUAAGCUGCCUGCUGCUGACAGACCGGAGCCUGCGAGGCGUUUAUGAACUGAAGAGUAUCUCAGUGUUUCAUUUAGUUCUCCCAUUCCGGACAUUAUUAUGGCUCCGCUGAUGCCCACGUGCUGCCAGUGACUACCAGCUGAAAUGUCUGAUUCAGUACUGUUUCAAUCAGUGUUGCUGCUUCACAGUCUGUGUGAAAACAAUCCACAGGGCAUCUUUACGAUUCCAAAUCCUCCCUGUGAGUACAAACUAGUUUCAGUGGUUCAAUUUUUGUACUGUAUACCUCGACUGUUGUUUGUUUUACUCUUGGAAAGCUGCUCUCACUGGAGAUUUUCUUUGCCCUGAGUUGAUUUCAAUGAAGUGCAAUGAAAAAUGCAACGCUGCUGCAAAAGUGAGCUAGUUGGUUCAACCUUUAGGUCAAUAUUCACAGCUGCACACCAGCAUCACACUAUUUUUCAUGUUAAUUGGUUGUUUCUUGUUAUACAAUGUGUUUGAAUCACCUCAAGGUUGGACUUCAUAUUUAGCAACUUACAUAUCAUGUCCUGUAGUAGAUUUAACUACACCCCUUGAAGCUUGAUUAUUUUUGUUGGAGUGAAUGUUCAUUUCAGUCGGAUAAGUUUCAUUUAAAGUUAAUUUCAGACAGAACCAAAUACUGCAGGAGGAAUCUUGUAACGUGUAAUGUUCUGUCCUUGCUGUUCACUGGUAUCCUUGAAAAUGCAGGUGAUAGUCGAUGCCAGUCGUCCUGCAGCCUAUAUGCAAAUUGCUCCGCACUGUAAAAUGCAAUGCUGAUUUAGAAGAAGAAUAUCCUUUCAAAAAACAAGCCAUAGACUGGAACAUAAGUUGUUUUAAAGUUUAUUUUUUACCUUUUUAUUUUGUUUUAUUGAAAACACCACAAGUGCAAACCUGUGAAUUAAAAAAAAAAAAGAAUGUGUAUUAUAUGAUCCAUGUAGAUAUUUUUACUUUCAGAUUUGUUGAUCAGAUUUAAUGAUUUCCUUUUUUUUCUUGGACUGCAUUUGCAGAUUUCAUACCAGUGUUUGUCUGAUAUGCCACAAUUAGGCUGGAUUCUUCUUCUGUUGAUUUUUAUCUAAAUAAAUAUAUUCUC